AUGUCGAACAAAACCUACAAUGCACUACUUUGUGAGACAUCAGAACUUAUUGGCGAAGCAACUCAAGCAGACGAAGCACUUUUCGCCGCUGGACAAGCGGAAAGAACUGCCCUCCAGCCGCUGCUUUCUGACAUACGAGUACGCUAUACAAUACUUCUAGCUAGAUUAGACAACGUUUAUGACCAGAUGCUGCAGCCACAAAAGCGCUUGAUAGUCAAACGCCUGCUGGAAGCGUGUUUGGGAAGGCUGAUUGAGAUCAAGCAUGAUUUGGUCGAAGUCCAUCUGUCGGAUUAUACUUAUGAUGAUGAUGAGGCUCUAACAAAACUUCAAGUGACUCCUUUCGAAGCAGAGCCAGUGGUUCCCCAAUAUUUCAUCAGAGAACGGGAAGAAGAGGUCCAAAGCCGUCGGCAGUUCAUUGAAGAUACCCUGAGGAAGCUAGGAUACGAGCCUCCGAAGAAACAGCCUCUAGUGCUGACUGAGCAGCAAGCUGUGCUAAUCAUACAGAGCCAUGAACGGGCUCGUCAAGGACGCCUUAGAGGCCAAUUCAUGAAAGAAAUACGACUUCUCAAAGAAAAAGGCAGAGAUCAGAAAGGGGAGAUGUCUGCGGCAGCUGCCACAGCCAUACAGAGGGUCUGGAGAGGAUUCAUAGCGAGGAGGGCUACGAAGAAGAGAAAACGCCAGGAGCAGCUUUUAAUAGGCAUGGAACUACCUCCUUAUGUUGAAUCCGCCGAAGUUAAGAAAGCUGAAGAGGUUAAGCAGUAUCGUCGUCAACUUCAAAAAGAAAGAGAAAAGGAGUAUCAAGAAGCUCUAGUUGCGAUGGAACAGCAAUUGAGAGCUCAACACGGCGUUAGACUGAAUGAACAAAUUGGAGAUGAACUCAGACGGUGGAUUAAGGAAUACUAUGAGAGAACAGGCAGAUUCCCUGACUUCCCUUCAGAAGAAGGAGGUGGUAGUAGAGCUAUGUUUAGCAGGCAAGGAACUGGAACAGACAGUGAACUGCUAAGUAAAUCUUCACCCGUGACGUCAUCGAGAGAAUCCAAAAAAAGUAAAGACAGUAAGGAGAAAAAGAAUAAUAAAGCAGAUGAUAAUAAAAAUAAGGAUGAAGCAGAAGAUUUGCAGACUUAUAAAUGUAGUCAAUCAGCGUUCUUGCAAGAUGCUAUUAAUUCUAAUGAGGAAUUUGAAGACAUUUGGAAAUUCAAAGACGAUCCAGAUAAUACCCACGAACGCUAUUAUAAAGAUAUGAUUGAAAGAGAGAAAAUGGUCAAAAUCGAACAAGAAAUAAGAAACAUAGUUGAUGAAAUGAUGAGAAGUGAACUGGAGUUAUUGCAAGCAGCGUUUGAUAAAGACAGAGCUCAUAAAGGAAAGAAAGCAAAGAAGCCGCAGAAAAAGGUUCGCCGCGGAGGUAAAAAAAGUAAGAAGAAGAAAGAAAAAGAUCUGACACCAGAUCGUACCACUGAAUCACUUUUCGAAGAACUUGUAUCCAACGGAAUCAUUCGUCCUUAUCCCGUAGUUAAAAUAGAUGAGUUUAUAGGAGAGAAGUGUUAUGUUGGAGCUGAAUGGAGGAGUCAGGGUCUGGAACCAGAGCCUUGUUUGGGAGAUAUAAGACAGUUGGUGAAAGAAUACUGUAUAUUGCCUCUUGGGUCCGAACAUGUUCGGAAUCACACUCCUUUGGUGCGCUCUGUUUUACUUAGUGGUCCUUCGGGUAGUGGAAAGAAGUUCCUAAUACAGGCAAUCUGCAGUGAAACAGGGGCAACAUUAUUCGACCUUACACCAGCUAAUAUAGUCGGCAAGUACCCAGGAAAAACAGGACUGAUCAUGUUGAUUCAUUUAGUGAUGAAAGUGUCGAGGCUACUGCAACCUUCUGUUAUAUGGAUGGAUGACGCUGAAAAACCGUUCGUGAAGAAAAUUCCCAAAACUGACAAGACUGAUCCGAAACGACUGAAGAAGGAUUUGGUGAAGAUUAUAAAAGCAAUAUGUCCUGAAGACCGUGUUAUAUUCGUGGGUACAUCAAGAAGUCCUUGGGAGGCGGAACAAAAACUCCUAUUUCAGUGUUAUCAGAAAAUUAUUCAGAUACCGAGAGCGGAUUAUGGAAGCAUUUCUCUAAUGUGGAGAACCAAGCUUCACAGGGCUGGUGCCUUGUCGCCGAGACUUGAUGUAUCUUGCUUAGCUAGAGUAUCUGAUUCUUAUACUAUUGGGACAUUGUUGGCAACUUUAGAUGCAGUGUUAACAACUAAGAGAAGAUUGCAGUUGCGAGUGCGCGCACUGACUGCGCAAGAGGUUGCUGUUCAAUUGAGUUCUAGAGAACCUGUAUAUGCUGAACAGGAUGCAUCAGCGGAAGCGUGGUGGAGUAAAACUCCAUUGGAAAGGAGAAGACAAAAGGCCAUACAGAGGCUGCAGGAGUUACAACAAGAAGCCGAAGAGAGAGCUGCUAAUGCUAUCAAAUAAUAAAUUACCUACACUGAAUUAUAGAGCCGGCUCUAUAAAGUAAACACCUUCUUAAAUUUUGAAUGAAACUUAAGAAGGUGUUGCAAGAUA